AACCGAAGAAGAAGAAACGGCGCCUUCAGCCCAGUGCGAGCCUCCCAGUGGCGUCCCAGCCCAGUGCGAGCCUCCCAGUGGCGUCCCAGCCCAGUGCGAGCCUCCCAGUGGCGUCGCAGCCCUCAGGGGAGCGUGUUUGCGUCUCGGGGCUCCUGCAGCAUGUGUGGAUCAGUUUAAUCCUCAUGUUCUCUGCAGGUGUGAGGAUCAGCGCUCGGAGACUGAACCACGCAAGAUACUUCUGUUCCCGCAGCCAUGCCGCGAUGCCGUGCUCAGGAGUGACGGACGACGCCUCGGUGUCUCCUGUGAAGCGGAGCCGGGCUGAGGGGAGGACUGGAAGCGGCGGCAGCAUCGUGCUGAAGUUCGCUAAGCUGUCCGCGCACGCCACGACUCCGAGCCGAGGCUCUGCUAAAGCCGCCGGCUUCGACCUGUACAGUGCAUAUGAUUACUCCAUUGCUCCAAUGGACAAAGUCAUAGUGAAGACGGACAUCCAGAUCGCCGUUCCUGCAGGGUGUUACGGCCGAGUGGCUCCUCGCUCUGGUCUGGCAGUGAAACACUUUAUAGAUGUUGGAGCUGGUGUGGUGGAUGAGGACUACAGAGGAAACGUCGGCGUUGUUCUGUUCAACUUUGGCAAGGAGACGUUUGAAGUGAAAAAAGGAGACAGAGUGGCUCAGCUAGUGUGUGAGCGGAUCUGCUAUCCUGAGCUACAGGAGCUCGAGACGCUGGAUGAAACCGAGAGGGGCGAUGGGGGAUUCGGCUCCACAGGGAGGAACUGAAACUGCUGCUCUUCGUUAAUUUAAAGAGAGAUAUGUACAUGUGUAACUUUCUUUUUGUUCUGGAUGUGUUUGGUGCUGAUGUAUUAUCUUGCAGGAGGCCACUAGGUGGUGCUGUUAUUGGGUCUAAGCUUGCAAAUGAAGUUCUAAGAAAUGUUACUCUUCAUGUCAUUUAGUGACUGUAAUGUUAAAUAUUUGGUUUAGAAUCCAGAUUUCUCUGGAACCUGUAAUCGAUGUUGAUCAGGUGAAGGCGCUGUUGUGUAAUAAAGAGAACAUGUCUCUCUGAAGUGAAA